CUGCUCUGCUGAGGGGGGAAAGAAGGAGCUGGAGACAGAUUGUGGGACCGAGCGCGGGCGGGCGGGAGGCGACGGAGCUACCAACGGCAGCGCUCUGCUAUAUGAAAUAUGGGAGACGACAGACCGUUUGUGUGCAAUGCCCCAGGCUGUGGACAGAAGAAAAUCUGUGGAAAAGAGGGCUAAAGAGAUUUACAAACGAGGACCACCUGGCCGUUCAUAAACACAAGCAUGAGAUGACAUUGAAAUUUGGCCCAGCCCGAACUGACUCAGUCAUCAUUGCAGAUCAAACUCCUACUCCAACUAGAUUCCUGAAGAACUGUGAGGAGGUGGGGCUCUUCAAUGAACUAGCUAGCUCCUUUGAACAUGAAUUCAAGAAAGCUGCAGAUGAGGAUGAAAAAAAGCAGGCUUCUGCGGGGCCCCUUGACAUGUCUCUGCCUUCCACACCAGACAUUAAAAUCAAAGAAGAGGAGCCGGUGGAGGUAGACUCAUCUCCACCUGACAGCCCUGCCUCCAGCCCCUGCUCCCCACAACUCAAGGACAAGGAGGUUGCUCUAAAGCCUGUUGUGAUCUCUACCCCAACACCUACUAUUGUACGCCCUGGCUCCUUGCCUCUCCACCUGGGCUAUGAUCCACUUCACCCAACCCUUCCCUCCCCAACCUCUGUCAUCACACAGGCUCCACCGUCCAACAGGCAACUGGGGUCUCCCACUGGCUCCCUUCCUCUCGUCAUGCAUCUUGCUAAUGGACAGACCAUGCCUGUGCUGCCAGGGCCUCCGGUACAGAUGCCUUCUGUUAUAUCGCUGGCCAGGCCUAUGUCUGUGGUGCCCAACAUUCCUGGUAUCCCUGGCCCACCAGUUAACAGCAGUGGCUCCAUUUCUCCCUCUGGCCACCCUAUGCCAUCAGAAGCCAAGAUGAGACUAAAAGCUACCCUAACCCACCAAGUCUCCUCAAUCAAUGGUGGUUGUGGAAUGGUGGUGGGUACUGCCAGCACCAUGGUGACAGCCCGUCCUGAGCAGAGUCAGAUCCUCAUCCAACACCCUGAUGCCCCAUCCCCUGCCCAGCCACAGGUCUCACCAGCCCAGCCUACUCCUAGUACAGGAGGGCGCCGGCGGCGCACAGUGGAUGAAGAUCCAGAUGAGCGGAGGCAGCGCUUUCUGGAGCGCAACCGGGCUGCUGCCUCUCGCUGUCGUCAAAAGCGGAAGCUAUGGGUGUCCUCCCUAGAGAAGAAGGCAGAAGAACUCACUUCUCAGAACAUUCAGCUGAGUAAUGAAGUAACAUUACUACGCAAUGAGGUGGCUCAGUUGAAACAGCUACUGUUAGCUCAUAAAGACUGCCCAGUCACUGCACUACAGAAAAAGACCCAAGGCUAUUUAGAAAGCCCCAAGGAAAGCUCGGAGCCGACGGGUUCUCCAGCCCCUGUGAUUCAGCACAGCUCAGCAACAGCACCUAGCAAUGGCCUCAGUGUUCGCUCUGCAGCUGAAGCUGUGGCCACCUCAGUCCUCACUCAGAUGGCCAGCCAAAGGACAGAACUGAGCAUGCCAAUACAGUCGCAUGUGAUUAUGAAUCCACAGUCCCAGUCUGCGGGCAGAUGAUGCCUCCCCUGGUGGAGAGGUCCCCAGCCAGAGCUCGCCCUUUUGAGAGCCAAGAGAGAUGUCAUCUUAUCCCCUCCCAUCUGCCUUGGACAUGGCAGUAUGGGGGGGAAAACUGUGUGUUGUGAGUAAAGGACAGAUGUGGGGCUUUUCUCUUCAGCCACAUGAUCGUGUAUGUUGACACCCGUACUGGGAGCCUCCGAGCCCCAGAGCCACAUAGAUCAUACCAUAAGGGGAGUUUCUGAAGUCCCCACAGCCAAAGGCCUUUCCAGGUGGUCUGAACAAUCAACCAUCCUUGCCCACGCACCUGUACUUCUCUCUUUUAACACUAACCCUUGCACUUCUAGGUUUCGGGUUUCCCAGUUUCCUCUCUUCCCACUAAGCCAUGACUGUUACCUUCUUGUUCCUUAGCAGCAUGCUAAGUAGAGGGAGCUAGAAUUGAUGGCAUAUCACCUGCUGACCCAGCCCCAGCCCCCUCAUGAUCUCAGGACUUUGUGUCCCAGUAGCUGCUUAUUUAUCCUUUUUUUACCCAUCCAAAAUUCUAGUCAAAAUAUUCACUUAGGGAGAAUGUAAAGUUAUGUUUGAUGUGUGAAAUAGCAUUAUUUUCCAGCUCUUUCAUAAACUUUAGUCCUUCUCCCUACCUUCUACCAAAACAAACAAAAACAAAAAAAAGCAAAAAGAAACAAAAUCCCAACAGUUGUAGUCCUUUUUAAUCUAUUUCCAGAGCUAUUUGGGUACCACAUUUUGUCUCUUGAGUUUUCCCAGUCUAGUAGUGGGGUCUCUUCCACCUCCCACUAAGCCUUGGCAACCUCAUCUUGUGGCCUUAUUAGAUAUGGCUUGGUAGUGAAAAGGGGAAGAGUCCAGGAUCUGAUUGGCUGAUUCCUCUUCUCCUCACUCCAUCCUUCUUCAGUCUAAUCACCAGGUCAGGCAGGAAAGCUGGUUCCAUCAGGUUAUGGAUUGAUUCUUUAUGUUUUAUAAGAGUUUACUGACCAAAGCAUACGGAUUCCUUUUGGUCAGCUUUCCGCUUCUGCCUCUUCCUCCUCGUCCCCCUGUGCACAUUACUGCCUCACUCUUCCAUAGCUAGUUCAGAUGCAGCUCCGGGGAGGCGGUUAUGUAGUUCUCACACUUUCCCCCAUCUCUUAGCCUCACACAUCUGUCUUCUUUUCUUAGCUAGGGUCUUAUAUUCACAAGUGUCCCAUGCCCUCUGGAUCUACCUUCUUUCUCUUUCAGCAUACUCCUAGCAUAACCACUAGGUCGGGCUUCAGCUCUUUUCUGCUCUCUGCCCCCUAGAUACAGUGCUUCUCCAUAGUCUAAGCCCCAGGACUCUGAGACAUCAUAGCCAGGGUCCUGAGAGGGUUUUCUUGAUUAUAAGGUUGGAUGCAGGGAGGCCAGGGAGGGCAGGUGCAGUACUAAUCUCAGCAGAAAAACCCUGCUUGUUGAAGGGUCUAGCCUGCCUGGGAAAUUGGUGACUAUUUCUCUCAGCCAUUUUUACUUUGAAGAGUUGGUUUACAGAGG